CGUCACACAAAAUCAUCCCACUGUAUUCAAAUGAUAAACCCAUGAAUGCAAGUCUAAAAAAGGUCUCAUAAUCGAUAUAUAAAAUCUCAUCUUUUCGGAUUCAGUUUUCCCUCUUUUUUUUUCUUCUUUAUCUUAUUAUACAACCCGAUAUAUAUAAAAAAUGCUUGCUCAAGGUCUUUCGCAUAUCAUUUUCAACGCGUCUAAUAAGGAAGAUUUUGAACGCACUUUAAUUUUUUACAAGUCUCUUGGAUUCAAGAGCAUUACGGAUUCACCUGAAGAGGAUACCAGGGUUGCUUGGUUGAAAUUAGCUUCCACCGUAUCCAUCAAAGUUAUUUUGACCGCCUCCGCUAUCCCACAACGCAAACCUGCAGGUGAUACUGAUUGGUCAUUAGAAGAGCAUGCUCUUGCAUUUAGCAUCAAUAACAUUGACGCUGUCAAAUCUAAAUUGAAGGAGUUGGAUGCACCUGAUCAAGAUCAUUCCGACAAAAACUCAACAAAACUUUAUGUAUUAGAUCCUUUGAACAAUAUCAUUCUUUUAACAAACAAGCCUGCCAUUUUAAAAGCAACAAGUGCUGCCGCUGCUGUUGAAACCGCCACCGCUUCUGGUAAGCGUCAAAAGAUUGCUGUCCUCACCUCAGGUGGUGAUGCGCCCGGUAUGAACGCUGUUGUUCGUGCCGUUGUUCGUUAUGGUAUCACCAAGGGCUGUGAUAUUUUUGCUGUGUAUGAAGGUUAUCAAGGUCUUGUGGAUGGUGGUGAUCUCUUGAAAAAGAUGGAUUGGAAGAGUGUUCGUGGAUGGUUAGCGGUUGGUGGUACAACCAUCGGUACAGCUCGUUGUAUGCCCUUUAAGACCCGUGAAGGUCGUCUUAAGGCAGCCGAGAAUCUUGUUUUAAACGGUAUUGAUGCCUUGAUUGUUUGCGGUGGUGAUGGUUCCUUAACCGGCGCUGAUCUUUUCCGUAAUGAAUGGGGAGGAUUAGUGGAUGAACUUUUAAAGACCAAGCGUAUCAGUCAGGAACAGGCAAAUGCCUAUCAUGUUUUGACCAUUGUUGGUCUUGUCGGUUCGAUUGAUAACGAUAUGUCAUCUACUGACAUCACCAUUGGUGCUGUAACAUCUCUUCAUCGUAUCUGUGAAUCCGUGGAUGCCGUUUCUACUACCGCUUUAUCUCAUUCUCGUGCAUUUGUUAUUGAAGUGAUGGGUCGUCAUUGUGGUUGGUUAGCUCUGAUGGCUGGUAUUGCUACGGGUGCGGAUUUCGUUUUCAUUCCUGAGAAGCCACCCAAGGAAGAAGAUUGGGAGUCUUUGAUGUGUUCAGUUGUGGAACGUCAUCGUCAUUUAGGUAAGAGAAAGACGGUUGUUAUUGUUGCUGAAGGUGCUAUCGAUAAAAACUUGAACCCAAUCAAGGCUGAUUAUCUCAAGGACAUCUUGACCGACCGCCUUGGUCUUGAUACUCGUGUUACUAUCUUGGGUCAUACUCAACGUGGUGGUGCCCCCGCUUUCUUUGAUCGUCUUUUGGCCACUACACAAGGUCUUGAAGCUGUGGAUGCCGUACUUGAAGCUACUGCUGAUACACCUUCUCCCAUGAUUGGCAUGACUGAUAACAAAAUCACUCGUUUCCCUCUUAUGAAGGCUGUUGCCUUGACCCAUGAAGUAGCUGAAGCCAUCAGUAAAAAGAACUUUGCCCGUGCUAUGGAACUUCGUGAUCCCCAAUUCGCUGAGGAAUAUGAAGCCUAUCAUGCAACCACAAUCUUGGAUGAUUGCUCUCUUGGUUUACCAGCUCAUCAACAAUUACGUAUUGCUAUUAUUCACAUGGGUGCACCUGCUGGUGGUAUGAACGCUGCCACUCGUACAGCUGUCCGUUACUGUCUUAACCGUGGCCAUACACCUAUUGCCGUCAACAAUGGUUUUGCUGGUCUUGCUCGUGGAUCAAUGAGUGAAAUGACCUGGAUGGGUGUGGAUGGUUGGACCGCACUUGGUGGAUCAGAAUUAGGUACAAACCGUGCUGUUCCUGGUGAGGAUAUUGAUAUGGGUAUGGUGACAUAUCAAAUCCAAAAGAAUAAUAUUCAAGCCCUUAUGAUUGUGGGUGGUUUCGAAGCCUUUGUUGCUAUUGAAAAGUUGGAGGCAUCUCGUGAUCAAUACCCUAGUCUCCGUAUCCCCAUCACUUUAAUUCCUGCCACCAUCUCCAAUAACGUUCCUGGUACCGAUUACUCUCUUGGUUCAGAUACUUCUUUAAACGCUAUUGUCAACUCUUGUGAUGCUAUCGUUCAAUCUGCUCAGUCAUCGCGUCGUCGUGUGUUUGUUGUUGAAGUCAUGGGUGGUCGUAGUGGCUAUUUGGCUGUGGAAGGUGGUCUUGUUGUGGGUGCUAAUACAGUAUACAUCCCUGAGGAAGGUAUUAAUCUCGGUCGUCUCCAAUCCGAUGUUGAACAUUUAAGAGCCAUGUAUACCGAUGAUGAUCCCGAUAAGAGUGAAGGCAGAAUCAUUUUGCGUACCGAAGAUGUCUCCAAGACCUAUACUACCGAAGUUAUUUCUGAUAUUCUUAAAGAAGAAGGUGAUGAAAUGUUUGAUUCUCGUACAGCCGUUUUGGGUCAUAUUCAACAAGGUGUAACUCCUUCCCCUCUUGAUCGUAUUAGAGCUACCCGACUUGCUACUCGCUCCAUCCAAUUCUUUGAAGAACAUACAGCUGAGGCGCUUGAUAAGGCACACGAGUCAGGAUCCCCCGUUCCUAUUGAAUUGACAAACUCCAAGGCAUCUGUGACAGUCGCUGGUAUCAGUGGUAGUGCUGCUAUCUUCACACCCGUCACUGAUUUAUUACCCAUUACUGAUAUGAAGAACCGUAAACCUCGUAACGCUUGGUGGGCUGAACACAGACCUAUCAUUGAUAUGUUAGCUGGCCGUGGUCAUUUUAAGAUCGAAAAAUAACUCUUUCGUAUUUUUAUUGUAAUCACAUUUUCAUUAUUUCAUAUAGAAGCAUUUUAAUUCAUAAAACACUUUUUUUUUUGCGUUGAUUAAUUUCUGUGAGCUGUUUUCAUGUAUGAACAAGACUAAAUCACAAAUCGGACAGCUUUUGUAUAAAUUAAA